UGAAAGUUAAAGAAGAACGUGGCAAGUGAAAAAGAUGGUGAAACGAUGACGAAAACAUGAGGACACUGUUUUUCUUAAACUAUAAAUUAUAUAUAAUUGAAAUAUGAAAAGAGCAAUUAACGUGUAAUACGAUGGAAGGAGCAGAGUGCGAGUGUGAGAUUGAUCGGUUGCCAAUUGACUUGUUGGCUCAUAUCUUUGUUCUCUUAACCUCCUUCACUGAUUUGGCACAUGUUUGCAAGAAAUGGAAGCAAGGGGUGAAGGAAUCUCUGGCUCGGAGACGCUACCUCAGCUUUGCCGGUUGGAAGAUGGAUGAUGAUUCCACCGCUCGCCUCGUUCGCUAUGCCUACAACCUCACUAAACUCGACAUACCAAGAAGCCGCUGGGGAUGCCAAAUAACUGAUACUGGACUUGUCAGAAUUUCUUCGGCAAAGUGUGUCAUCAAUCUCAAAUCCAUAUCACUCUGGGGUUUGACUGGCAUCACAGAUGAAGGUGUUAUUCAUCUGAUAUCAAGAACUAGAUCCUUAGAGCAUCUCAAUGUUGGUGGUACAUUUAUCACUGAUGAAUCACUCUUUGCAAUAGCAACAAGUUGUCCAAAUUUGAAGACUAUUGUGCUGUGGAGCUGCCGUCAAGUAACUGAGAGUGGUCUUUUUGCCUUAGUUGAUAAAUGCCCCAAACUGAAAUCAAUGAAUGUAUGGGGAACAAGAGUUCCUGUGGACAGCCUUAAAAACUUGCUUAUUACAAGUCCAACUCUUCAGAUUAAAUUGUAAAACUGGGGAGUGCUCUAAAAUUGAUGCCUAAGGUGCUGAUUCUUAAUUUAUUAAUUAUUAGUGUUAUCACUGCUAUUUUAUGUACAGAAUGUAAUCUUAUAUUCUUAAGUGUAAUUUAUUCGAAAAGAUGAAUAUGUCAAAUUUCAUUCAUGUAUAGAAAACAUCAUCUUGUAAUUUAUUUAUUGCCUUUCAUUGACCCUUUCUAUUGUUGUAAAUGUUGAAUUCGCAAUAAAUAAUAUAAACCAUAAGAAA